CGAACCACACCGAGCCGAGCCAAACCGAUCCCAGCAUUUAGCGCUGCUGGCGCACACAGAGGCAGCACAAGAGGAAGGAUGAACUGGUAGCGCAUCUUUUACGCACCCGAGCCGCCGUCUGCGCCUUCGAAUCCACAUUUCUGCCGCUUUUACGUUUAAUUCUCACGUCGAGACCAUGGAGACGACAGUUCCCAGGACUGAUGUUUUCAUCUCUCAGCUGCUCCUGUUCAGCCAGAUAGUGGUGGCAGCUGAGCCGCUGGCCCGAGGUCUGAAGAAACUCCCAGAAGAUAUCGACUGGUCGUACUCAGGUGCACUGAGCCAGCGCAACUGGGGGAAGAAGUAUCCGUCCUGUAACAGCGCCAGACAGUCUCCUGUGGACAUCGACGAGACAUUCACCCAAGUCAGACUGCAGUACCAGAAUCUACAGCUAGAAGGCUGGGACAGACUGACGGCAGAGUCCAGCACCAUUCACAACAACGGGAAGACUGUGGCCAUCAAUGUGGAGGGAGACUUCUUUGUAAGCGGAGGAGGACUGAGCUCCAGGUUUCGUGCCAGUAAAAUCACCUUUCACUGGGGGCGCUGCAAUGCGACGUCAGAGGGGUCUGAACACAGCCUGAAUGGGAUGAAAUAUCCUCUAGAGAUGCAGAUCUUCUCUUAUGAUCCAGAUGAUUUCCGAAGUCUGGAUGAUGCCAUCAGAGAAGGAGGGAGGAUCUCUGCCAUGGCUGUUCUCUUUGAGAUCAGCCUGGAAGACAACCAGAACUUCACUCCUGUUAUAGAGUCCCUCAGCACUGUCAGCAGGUUUGGCAAGAGCGGGUCGAUGGAAGGUUUCACCCUGAGGUCCUUGCUGCCGAAUAACACGGAUAAAUAUUACAUCUACAACGGCUCACUGACUGAACCACCCUGCUCCGAAAUAGUGGAAUGGAUCGUUUUUAAAAACACCGUCGCCAUAUCAGAAACACAGCUGGAGGUGUUUUGUGAUGUGAUGACGAUGGAGCAGGCAGGAUAUGUGAUGCUGACAGAUUACCUGCAGAACAACUUCAGGGAGCAGCAGCAGCAGUUCAUGGGGCAGGUUUUCGCCUCAUAUACCGGCGUGGAAGACGUACAAACACCCACCUGCAGCUCUGAGCCGGAAAACGUUCAGGCUGAUGCCCAGAACGACACCACCAUCGUGGUGACAUGGGAGCGCCCCCGCUAUGUUUAUGACACGACUAUCGACUGGUACACGGUCACAUAUCAGAGGCUGCAGGGUCGAGACCAGAACAAGCAGGAGUACAGGACAGACGGAGACCAGGACGUGGGCGCCAUCAUCUCCAGCCUGCUGGCUAACAGCAGCUACGUGGUUCAGGUUGUUGCCAUUUGCACCAACGGACUCAGAGGACGAUGGAGCGACCAGAUCAUAGUGGACAUGCCGCUAGAAGACCCCGAAAGUGAUUCGGAUCCCAACACUGGAGGAAACAAGGAGGUGUCUUCAAAAGGCAGAUGGGAGAAGCCUGACAGCGAGAACCGCUUGAAUUUGUCUCCAGAGGACAACAGCCCCGUGGAGGAGAUCCCUCUGGAGCAGACCAAAGUCUACCAGAACCAGCCCAGUGACAAAACCCAGCAAAACCAGAACCUCCCAGUCCAGGUCGGCUCUCGCCCAACCCCAAAGUCUUCGUCUGAGUCUGCCGUCCUGCAGAAAACUCGACCCAAACAGAACGAGAAGAAGAAGACACCGGGCCCAAAGAAGUCUAAACCUGAGGAUCAGAACUGGAUUGACGAGGACCAGAUGAUCACAACACAGAGGCCGUUCACGAAUUCUGGUUUUGAUGGUAACAGUGCAAUAUGGGUAACUGAAGUCACAGAGCAGCCGGGCUUCCUUUUUCCAGUUGCACGGACGAUCACAACGCCAACAACCCGACGACAAAUGACAGAAGAGGCCUCGUUGUCACAAAACCAGUCAACAGAUCAAGGUGAAGAACAAGGCGGUGACAUCAACGUUCCCUCUCCCCAGACGGAUCUCUUCACCCCUCCUGCAGAGAACAUCGAUGUCACCGACGUCUUCUAUGAAGACACAGACGACAACUCUCCACCUGAAACCGCAUCCUCAGGAAGUAAUGCAGGCAUCGUCCCUCCACUGUCCUCUAAAGACAUCGCUGACUCUGGGAACAAACUUCAACCAGAAACCAUCACUUCCACUUCCUCUUCAAUCUGGAUCACAGCGAGGGCGGUGACAGCGAGCAACACACUCGCAGAAUCGGUCUACAAAUCAUUCACCACCUCGUCUCUGCUCAAGGUGCUGAUGCACACGACCCAGCCCAUGUUUAACGCGGGGGGCAGCAACAGCAGCCACGAGUCUCGGGUCGGACUAGUCGGAGGCGUGGAGAGAGAGAAGAGGACGGUGGUUCCUCUGGCUGUUGUUUCCACUCUCACCAUCCUCUGUCUGCUGGUGCUGGUGGGGAUACUCAUCUACUGGAGAAAUUGUUUCCAAGCAGCAAAUUUCUACCCUGAUGACACAGCAUCACCUAAAGUCAUCUCUGCUCCAUCUACACCCCUGCUGCUGGCCACAGUUAAUGUUUGCUCUUUGGUUGCAGACGGUCAUGAGCCGCUGACAGUGAAGCAGUUUGUGAAGCAUGUCAUGGAGCUGCACUCCACCAACACUUUCUCCAAGGAGUUUGAGAUUGUCAAAGAAUCCUACGAGGAGGUGCAGGCGUGCACCGUGGACAUGGGCAUCACUGCCGACAGCUCCAACCACCCUGACAAUAAAAGCAAGAACAGAUACAUCAACAUCCUGGCCUACGACCACAGCCGAGUCAAGCUCUGCAACAGUUUGGACCGAGACGGAAAAUGUGGAGAUUAUAUCAAUGCUAACUUUGUAGAUGGUUAUGAAAGAACAAGGGCGUACAUCGCAGCUCAGGGGCCUCUCAGAGCAGGCAGGGAAGACUUCUGGAGGAUGAUCUGGCAGCAGAAUGUCGGCGUUAUCAUCAUGAUCACAAACCUCAAAGAGAAAGGACGGACAAAAUGUGAUCAAUACUGGCCGGACGAGAACCAGGAAGACUACGGAUCAUACCAGGUGACCCUGAAAAGCAGCAAGACCUUCGCCUACUACACGCUGCGGACGUUCACCGUCAGAGAUUCCUCAAAUAAGGUGUCUCAAAAGAGAGCUGAACACACUGUCUUCCAUUACCACUACACUCAGUGGCCUGACAUGGGCGUCCCAGAAUACACUCUGCCUGUCCUGUCCUUCAUCAGAGCGUCCUCCAGGGCGAGGACACAAGAGGUCGGACCUGUUCUGGUACACUGCAGUGCUGGAGUAGGAAGAACAGGAACCUAUAUUGUGAUAGACAGCAUGUUGCAGCAGAUCCAGGAUCAGGGCACGGUGAACGUUCUCGGUUUCCUGAAGCAUGUGAGAACACAGAGGAACUUCCUGGUUCAAACAGAGGAGCAGUACGUGUUCAUCCAUGACGUUCUGGUGGAGGCCAUCUUAAGCCGUGACACUUCUGUGACCUCUGACCUCCUGCACACGUAUGUGUCAGACCUUCUGACCCCAGGAGCGUCAGGCAGGACGCGCAUGGACAGACAGUUUAAGUUGAUCAGUCAGCGUCAGGCGAAGCAUGCAGACUACAGCACCGCUCUGAGAGACGGCAACGCUGAGAGAAACAGAGCCAGAGCUCUGAUGCCUGUGGAGAGAUCGAGAGUUUGUCUGACUGCCUCAGAAUCAAACACCACAGGGUUCAUUAACGCCUCCUACGUCAUGGGUCAUCACCACUGUAAGGAGUUCAUUGUGAGCCAGACUCCUCUGAGCAGCACGGUGGCAGAUUUCUGGAGGAUGAUCUGGGAGCACAACACGCACACGGUCGUCCGCCUGCCUGACCCACACUGCCAGGGUGCAGAGUUGGAGUCUUGCAUUUACUGGCCAAGAAAAGACCAGCCAAUGAGCUUUGAGGGUUUCACUGUGUCGUACUUGGGGGAGGAGCUUAUGUGUUUGUCCAAUGAUGAGAGACUUCUGGUGCAGGACUUCAGAGUGGAGUCCACUCAGAAUGAGUACGUGUUGGAGGUGCGGCAGUACAGCGCCCCCUGCUGGCCCAACCCGGACAGUCCAAUCAGGAACAGUUUUGAUCUAGUUAACACAGUCAAAGAGCACAGCAGGCUGUCAGACAGACCCACAAUCGUACAUGAUCCGUUGGGAGGAGCUGUAUCGGGGCUGUUCUGUGCCCUCACCACUCUGUCCAGUCAGCUGGAGGAGGAGGGGGCUGUGGAUGUCUACCAGGUGGCAAGGAUGACCAACCUGAUGAGGCCAGGAGUUUUUAAUGAUGUAGAGCAGUACCAGUACCUGUACCGAGCCGUGCUGAGCCUGGUGAGCAGCCAGGAGGACCAGAGAGCUCUGCAGAAUCCAGAGACCAAUGGAUCCGUACCGCUGGGACAGACAAACAUUGCUGAGAGCCUGGAGUCACUCAUCAUCGGUUUCGCUCCUCUGGGGAUGCAAAAAAGGCACAAAACCACUUCACCUGACUGUGACUCAUCCUACUAAUAAAACUGUUAAAAGUCUGACACAUCUUUGUGUAAAUAUCCCUGAAUACAUCAAAAGGCCAAAUUACUGUAUGUUUAUACUGUACUUCUAUAUAUUUUCUAUUUUACUAUAAAAAGUGAUUUUCUAGUCAUUUACACAUAUAUAACUGUGCGAAUUCUAUUUGAUAAUUUUAGCCUGAAAAUAUUGAUCAUGUUUAUAGUUUUAAUGGAAUGUUAUCUCUUUUUAUCUUUAUGACUACAGUAGCAGCUUAAUGUCUCUACCUUUAUCUCCAGCCAUAAACUGGUGCAGUAUGUAUAUAGUUACAGGUCAAACUUUGUAUAUGAUUAAAACUUGUUCUUUUUUGGGGGGAGAAAAAAUAAAUAAAAGUUCUUGUUAUGA